AUGAGUGAUUUAAACCUACUAAAAUCUUGGAAUCCCAAACUUCUUAAGAACAGAAAGAAAGUAUGGGAAGCACAACAAGAACUAUUAGAAGAAAACAAAAAGAUUAAGGAACGUCAAAAGGAAAUACAGAAAGAACGUCAGUUGGAACAUUACAAUAACUUAAGUAGAGAUGAAGAAAGAGGCAAAACUAAUAAAAAAAAAACUGGGCUUGAAUGGAUGUACGAAGAUGCUAAAUCACAAAUAGCAGACGAUGAAGACUUCUUACUAGGGAAAAAGGUUAUAACGGAUUCACUUAUAAACCAAGCAAACAUUCAUGACGAUAAACACCAAGAAGAACCAAAAAAAGAGAAAAAAAGAAGGCAUUACAACGGAUUCCAAGACAUAGAAAAUAAGGAAACAUCAAACCACAACAACGACUUAGCAGGCGAAGAUCCGAUGGCGAAGUUCACCGCAGCCAAAAAAAGACAGCUGAAAGACAUCUAUACAAAACAAAAUAGAGAAGGUUUAGCCUACACAAAGUCUAGAUAUAACAACAAAACCUAUAGGCGUUAG